AUGAAGACCUUUUCACUGCCCGCUCUCGUCCUAGCGACUGCCAGCUAUACGCUCGCUGCGCCCAGCCCUAUGGUGCCCGUCCUAGAGCCACUACAACUUACAAAUCUCAACGCAGGCAUCUAUAGCACAAGCCUCCCAACAACCUGCUUGAUCUCUUUUGCUGUCAAAGACCCAAACACAAACAUAGAUACCACUUGUUCUGCUUACUGGUCAAUUGGUAUGGCUGGAAACAAGACCUACAAUUGCUCCGACAAGGCAUACCAGCUCCACCUCCCAAAUGGAAUCUAUGAUAUUGAAAACAUCGAUUUGGGAGUGUCCCGCGCAGACGGCUCUGAGACUGGGCGGUCAACGGUGAAUGGCGACUUGUGGAAAUGCGAGAAGCAGGAAUAUCCUAAAGAACAGUGCAAGUGGGAUGGUAUUUUCAGUCUCGACUUGGUUUCGUCUACUUGA